AACCGAAGAAGUUAAUUAAAGUGAAAUCAUGGAAGCUAUGAUGGGUUCCCUAGCAACCGAGAAAGAGUGGAGGAAAGGCCCUUGGACUGGUGAAGAGGACAAGUUGCUAAGUGAAUAUGUUUGCUUGCAUGGGGAGGGUAGAUGGAGCUCGGUGGCCCAGUGUACAGGAUUAAAAAGAAAUGGCAAAAGCUGCAGGUUAAGAUGGGUAAAUUAUUUGAGGCCCGGCCUCAAGAGAGGUCAACUAACACCUAUAGAAGUAGGAAUCAUUAUUGAACUACAUGCAAUUUUUGGUAACAAGUGGUCUACAAUUGCAAAGUACUUGCCAGGAAGAACUGAUAACGAUAUUAAGAACUAUUGGAGAACUCACUUCGAGAAGAGUGGGAAAUCCAAACACAAGAAGCUAGAAAUGCAAAAGGCAAAGGUGCUAAAACAGUUGAAACAAAAGCAACAACCUCAAGAGUAUGAUGUCAAAAGCAUCAAGUCCCAUGAAGAGACAAAAAAUGAAACAAAAUCCUAUGAGACAGAAAAUAAUAAGCAAAAAGAAGUGGAUUUCAUGUGUCCAACAAUGGAGCACCAAUACAUUGUUCCAUCAAUGCAUGAGGGAUUCUCAUCCACGUGGCCAGACACAGUACUAGGGGAUGAUGGCUCAUGGUUUAGUUUAUGGGACUUUGAUGAUGAACCACAAUGUUCUGCAGAUUAUGUUAACCAAUUUAGCGAAAGUGUCGUGCCAAAUCAAGCUACCUUUGGAGUUGGAGAGGAUUCCAUGCAAAAUCACGAUAAAAUCUUUUAUUUCGAUGAUAUAUAACCCUCUUCUACGAAAAAGACAUGUUUAGAUGAACUAUUUCAUAUGUUUUGCUAUGCAGCUAGUUGAAUAAAUAAGUUCAACCCAAACAUAAUAUUGGAGUCAAUAACUAAUAAACCAGGCUAUAUAUGUUCAA